AUGAAAAGCUUAAGAUUUUUGGCAGCAGAGGGCUUUGGUCGAAGUGGACUAUGUACGGAUAAUAAUCUCAGUUGCCUGUCAUACAAUCUCUACCCUAUCCUGUUCAAAGCUAGUUACCUUCAAGAGGAGGCAGAUGUGCUCCAUAAGCUGGUCAAGACAUGGCCUCUGACCGAGCUAAACCUGCAGCGACUGCUGGGCCCAACAACAGACUGUCAGGAAGAUUUCACUUCCCGCACCUGCAGUCUCUGUCUUAGAGCCCUGCUGAUUGGACUGAAGGACUACGUUCUCCAUGAGACCACCACAUAUGCCAAAGUUCUGCGUGUGGUGGAUCUAACGGGUCUGCGGGACAUUGAGCACUUGGUCUGCCACUGUGGAAGGUCACUGGGUCGCUGGGCACGCACCGAACUGCUUACGCGUAUGUGUUAUGAAACAAUGGUUGCCAUGCAGGCAGGCCAGGCGGCUGCAUCAGCCUGGGAGGUCGAGGUGGAUGUCCGAAUUAAUGCUUUCGUAACUGGACGAAACUAUGAGGUGGUUUCCCAGGCUUUGAUUCUCCUUAAGCACUGUCCGCUAAAGCUGCGCUGUGUAGGCCUGCGGGUAGACUCGCUUGGCCUGAAAAAUCUCUUUUAUCUUCUGCGUCUGGCCAACCCUGAGGGCAUGCAGAAGCUAGAGAUGGUACAUAACAUACGUCUAGAGGCUCCGCAUCUUGAGGUGAUGCUAUCACAGCUGCGAUUUCCCCUACUGCGCUCCCUCACAUUGCCAGCACAAGCGUUGGAUGUGCGUAGACUGGCUGUGUGGGAUGAGGGCUUGUUUGGAGUUCUGGGAGACCUAAUGAGCAAAUUGGGAGAGCUUAGAGAGCUUUACAUGGGCUUCUCCACCCUUACAGGACAUCUGAGACAAUUGCUAAGUCCUCUGAACACCCCACUGCAGUGCAUAGAGCUGGCUAACUGCAGUCUCAGCCCUGUGGACAUGGCUUACCUGGCCAACAGCCUGCAUAGUGAGUUCCUAGUAAAGUUGGACCUUAGUGGCCAUGUGGUGGCCGAUGUCUUUCCAAACACCUUCCGUAAGCUGUUGCAUCGUUGUUCAGCCACGCUCAGAUGUUUGAGUCUGGAAGAGUGUGGUCUUGAGGAUGAAAACCUAGAGCUCCUUCGCCAUGCUUUGGAACCCUGUCAUGCACUAGAAGAGCUGAAGAUUCUGGGCAACCCAUUGAGCAUAGAAGCUCUGCGACAUCUCUUCAACAUGCUAGCUCAAGGCUAUCCAGCUCUAAGAUAUGUGGAGCUACCAGUGCCUCGUGACUGUUACUCUGAAGAUGCAACCUACCCCCUGGAUGAUUCUACACUGCUGAGUUAUGAUCGGCAAAAGUUCCACCAAGCAAAAGUGGAACUGGUGGGCAUCCUGGAACAAGCUGGUAAAGAGCAUGUUGAAGUAUGCACCCCACUGUUUGGCACUUAUGAUCCUGACAUCCAUGAGACAAGCAAUGAGCUGGGAGUUGCUAUGCUGCAUACCUUAAAUAAUGUAAUCGGAAACUUUGUACAGACUGUAACUAGUGUCAGUGAACGGAGAGAACAGAACAUUAAUAAAUAA